CAGAGUGAAUGGCGUUUAUCGGGGAAAGAACAAAUACUACUCUCUCUCUCUCUCUCUAACUACGCACCCUUUAAAAUCAACUCUUCUUCAUGGCAUCCUCAGCUCCUUCGGCCUGUUUGAGCAGUUUAGGAGAUUGAGAGUGAAAAAAGAUUUCAUUUUUGAUGUUUGGAGAAAGAAGAAAGAAAAAAGGAGGGACUUUUAUAACUUGAAGGUCUCAUCUUCUCGUUUCCUGGUAUUUUUUUUAUUUGUGUUUGGGUACUGUUUUUGGGGAGCUUUGGUUGAAGUUAUGCUGAAUCGAUAGAAUAAGAGAAAGAUGAAGUUUUUUUUAUAUUAAUAAUCUUUAUUCUUCUUAAUGGAGAGUAAGUCGGAUCGAAGGAAGAUUAUCGUACUGGUUUUUGCGUCUUAGUUUCAGUUUAAUGAUCUGUUUACCUUUUGGGUUCUUAUUUUUCUGAAGUUUUGAGAGGAUUUCAUGGGAUUUUCUCCUUUGGGCGGUCAUCAUGUUUGCCAAAAAGAGAUAAAAGAGAUACCUUGGAGCUUUUCAGUUAUCUCUGAUACACUACCUGCUGCCAUUUCAAAGUGAUCUCGGUAGGGAUUCCAUAAUACGUUGCCAGAGCGUUCAUAUCCAUUUCAUUGUUUCGUAAUCUGAGCUUUGAUAAGGAAAAAAUCACAAAGGAUAGGAAAAAAAUCCCUACUUUUUCUUCACCACUUUCCAACUCUACCUCUUUUCUUUUCUGAACUCCCCAUUUUCUAAGUAGCCGUUGGAAAAAAAAAAAAUUACUACAUAAUGUCUGAUAACUCUUCCAUCCUCCCAUCUCCCUCCGGGAAGCACACAAAUCCUCUCUCCUCUCUCUUUGGUUCUCCAAAACUGUUCAUGGGUUUCUCUUCAAAGAGCUUCUUAGACACUGAGGCUUCCAUGAGCCCAACUUCCAUUCUCGAGACCAAACCCUUCUCUGUCGUUGGCAACAAUAGCAGAAAAUCUCAUUGGGCUAUUAAUGGCGACUCAAGAGGCGCCAUAGGUCUUGCCAUAGUUGAUGCUCUUACCAAAGAAAAGACUGAGAAGAAAACCUUCAACCAAAGUAGCAGAAUGGUGCUAUUCGGAUCACAGCUUAAGAUUCAGAUCCCCACCGUACAAUCCAACUCCAUUUCCCCAACCGGAUCUGUUGAGUCCCCUGAUACACCAAUUGAAUUCAGUCUCAAGAACAAGAAUCCUGUGAGUUUUGUAGGUGAAGUGAGACCUUCUCCGAGAGUCUUCACAAAGUGUCUUUCUCCAAGGGAGAUGGAGCUUUCAGAGGACUACACCUGUGUAAUCUCUUAUGGACCGAACCCGAAGAAGACUCAUAUCUUUGACAACUGUAUCUUGGAGAGCUGUGGCGACGGAUUCAUGGCGUCGAAGGAGGAGAACAGGUUCUCAACUGAACAGACCGCAGGGUAUUCUUCAGGAGAGGACUUCUUAAGCUUCUGCCAUGCUUGUAGGAAGAGCCUUGCGCAGGGAAAGGAUAUUUUCAUGUACAGAGGUGAGAGAGCAUUCUGCAGCCAUGAAUGCCGUCAGAAAGAGAUGAUUUCUGAUGCAGAAGAAGCUGAGAGUCGUUUUGAAGACCUUUUAGAUCUUUUCUAGGAGGCAGGGAGGCAUGUAGAAGACGAACAGUUAAACUCUUUUUCUUCUUUUUUUUUCUUUUUAACUUCUCUUUAUUUGUGUUGGUAGUAAAUAUGAUUGGGUGGUGAUUAGUUGCUGCUUAUGGGAAUUAUCUUAACAACAGUGCUUUAUUAUUGUGUCUUUUUUUGUGGGUGUUUUUGUGUUAA